UCAAUUUAUUUCAAACCUAAACAUAGAUUUUUAGAAAAACAUUCAAAUAUUAAAAAAAUGUGAUCACAUAAUAACAUGUGAAGUCGUCGAACAGCUUUAAGGACAUGUAUUGGUUCCACUUAAGUACAAAAUGGAGUAAGAAUGGAUUGAUAAAUAUGAAAUCAAUGAAGUCAAGGUCUAAAAAUGUUUUCAGCUUAUGCGAGGUUUAUUGUUCGUUACUCCUACUUUUUGCUGUUUGCUAUCUUAGUCACUUCCACGAUCCUCACUGUAAUACCUCUAGUGUGCCACGACUUUCCUUCAUUUUCCGACCCUAUAGUUGGUUUCGAAACGAGAGGUACAACGUUAGCGCACCGUUUCAUAGCCUGGGAAAACCUUAUUGAGGAGACAAGACCGUCCAAAAGGCUCGCCGUAAAUCCUAAAGAAAUAGAAGAUCAAAUUCGUAUGAACGAAAGUUAUUACAACAGGGACAAAACGAGGUCUGGCCGCAAACAUCCUCGAAAACACAAGAAAAAACAGAAUUACAAUAAUACAGGAUAUGCUACAACAUUUUAUAGUUCCCCUGAUACAAAUCUCACUGUCAACCAUGUUCAUUGGGGAUUUGGGAAAAAUGUUUCAUUUGAAGAUGAAAAUGCAGUUUAUUUAAAAAAUCAUACAAGGAAACAAUGGAAGUCUCUAAAAAACAUGCAGCGCACAUUUGAUAAUUUUCACCACAACUAUGCUUCUGGUAGUUGUGGGGCCCCAGUUGCUGACUACGCUCACUUGGUGGUCACUUCAAAUGACAAUAAAUCAAUGCUCACUUUUGAGAAUGUACAGAAUGUUUGUCAACUGCAAACCUUCCUUAUUGAUUUUACUAAAGAUGACUUUUAUAAUCUAUGUCAGCGAUCAAUGCAAGCAGAAGAAAUAUGUUGCCCCAUAUGGAGUGUGCCAAACUACAUAGCUUUAAUGUCUGGUAAGAAUUCUUGUGAAAAUUUAACCAGAGAUGAUGUUACUUAUGCUGUAAAUAUACUAAAGAAAUGUGCGGGCUACUUUCAUAACUUUUCCCUGAUGGCCUCUUGUGAAAUGGAUAGAUGUCAUGUGCCAAAGUAUUGCUCCCAGUAUGAUGCUGUAUACAAUUUAUUAUUUUACAUUAUAGAUUCAAAUGCAUUUUCUCCUCCACUGUUUUCAGAGACAUUUGUAAAAAAUGUAAUGAUAUUUUUGCCCUUGCCGACUAGUAGCACCACUCUACCAUAUUAUUUAAAAUUACAAGAAUCAAAUAUGUCUUUCAAUAUUCUUAACAUCCCAGCAAUGGAUUUUGGAUUGAAAAAUGCUCUGUUUGAUUUAUGGAUUAUUGAAGACACUUGGCUCAUAGGACUUGGUGGUUUCUUUGUGUUCAUAUGUGUUUGGGUUUAUACAAAAUCUUUGCUUCUAACAUUGCUGUUGUUUACAGCUAUUACUUAUUCACUUGGUGUUGCAUAUUUUUUUUACAUAUAUGUGUUUAAUUUGGACUUUUUUCCAUUCAUGAAUCUGUUAGUUAUAGUUGUUGUAAUAGGAAUUGGGGCUGAUGAUGCAUUCCUCUAUGUCAAAGUCUGGAAUAUGAUAAGUAAGCAGUUAAUAAGAGAUAAUGUUGUUACAGAAAAUUUAACUGAUAUUAAGAAUGUUUCUAGUGCUGGUGAAACUAUACUUGUACAAAUACUUGAAGAAACUUUAAAGCAUUCUGUUAGUGCUAUAUUUGUCACCACUUUGACGACUGCUGUUGCAUUUUAUGCAUCAUAUGUUAGCUACAUUCCAGCCAUCAAUUGUUUCAGUGUUUUUGCUGGGACUGCAGUAUUAGUUAACUUUUUACUUAUGGUGAGUUGGUUGCCAGUGUCAGUAUAUAUAUUAGAUGUAAAAUUGUCUGUAAGUAGGUGGAAAACGUUAGGUGCAAUUAGUAAAGUUGUUAAUGAAAUUGGAGAAGAUAUCAGUGUUAUAUUAAAUCGAUUUAUUGUCACUUGUAUAAUGAGGCUGCACACAGGUUUUGUAGUUAUCUUGGGUGCUAUUGGAAUCUACAGUAUAGUUGUAGUAUUUUACUCUCCUGGACUUCGGCUUCCUGAUUCAAAGCAGUUCCAACUUUUUCAAACAUCACAUCCCUUCGAGCAAUAUGACAUGAAUUAUAAAGACAAGUUUCUAUUUGAAAGAUUUGGAAAUGAUAUUGGAACAGGUGGUAAAAUGCCUUUAAGGUGGAUAUGGGGAAUAAAAGCUAUCGACAAUGGUAAUCAUAUGGAUCCAUUCUCUAAGGGUAAAUUGAUUUUUGAUGACAGCUUUAGUGUAUCAAACCCAAAAUCUCAAUUGUGGCUGUUGGAAUUCUGUUCUAAAAUUAAAAUUCAACCAUUUUAUCAGCAAACUUUAGGUCCUUUGUUACCUAACUGUUUCAUUGAAAGUUUCAAAAUGUAUAUGAGCAGGAGAUGCAUUGAUACUAUUGACAGGAUAAAUAGAACACCAUGUUGUGAGUCAUCCCAUUUCCCAUACACUAAAGAAGUUUUUGAUUUCUGUAUUAUAAAAGCAAUGGAGUCUCUUUAUGAAACACCUCGCGAAAUUUUUAUACCAGGUGUGGCUGGGCCUAAAUUCUCAAGAAGUGCAUAUCCACCUGCUGUAUCUGCAAUCGUAAUAGAAUUUGAAAGUGUCAUUCCCUAUUCAAUGUCCUAUAAGGUUAUGGAUGAUUUUUUUGUUCAAGUAGAAAAUUGGACCAAAAAUGAGUUAAAAGAUGCACCCCCAGGACUCAAAUGUGGGUGGUUUCUCUCUGAUUUGCAAUUUUAUGAUCUCCAAGCCACUUUAGCAAGUGGAACAUUGUUGGCUUUAUUUUUAUCUGCUGGUUUAGGUUUCAUAGUACUUGUACCAUCUACAUACAAUUUCACCGUUAGUAUCUGCUCUCUUUUAGCUAUAGUCUUCUCUUCUACAGUAACAAUAGCUGUGCUUGUUCUGAAUGAUUGGAAAUUAAAUAUAUUAGAAAGUGUAGCAAUAUCAACAUCAGCAGGGUUAGCUGUAGAUUUUAGUCUCCAUUAUGCACUAAGUUUUACAAAUGCUUGUGGCACAAAGACUAAUAGAGUUAAGUGUGCACUUUCAACAUCAUCUGGCCCGACUGCUGCUGCUGCAUUGACUACUGGUUUUGCUGGAAUAUUUUUAUUACACUCAAAUCUUCUUCCUUAUUCCCAAAUAGGCACUUUCCUAGCUUUAAUUAUGUCUGUAAGUUGGAUAUAUGCUACAUUCUUUCUCUGUUCUUUAUUACUACUAUUUGGCGGAAAUUCUUUUAAAGAAGUAUCAACAGAAGACAGAAAAUCUUUGUCAAGAGUAAGUUCUGUUUGUUCUGCAGUCCCUAAUUUGGAAAGUCAUGAGUUGGAGCAUUUAGCAGACAGUAAUAGGACUAAUAUCACUUCCCAUAGCCCUUCAAGUAUGAGUGCAACAACAGUAGUUAUUCAUGACGAUUUUGAAACAUUACAGAGUAAAACUGAAAAAAAUUCUAGUGAAAUAAAUAAUGACUGAACAUUUAAUAUUUAGAUGUGUAUUAAGAUAAACUCAUUUUUGAAGUAUUAUUGAUGAGUUACCCAACAGUAUUAGAACCAUGUAUUUUUUAUAUUGCUCUGUUUUUAGAUCUGUAAUUUGUAUCUCGUAACUGUCAGUAUUUUUUUUUACAUCUUUAUUGAAAUAUAUUUUGAAUAUCUGUAUUACUAUAAACGAUUAUUGUGACAAUAAUUAUCAGGUACUUAUUAGAUUCACAGGACAAUACAAGAUCUAAACGAGCUUGUUACUGUUAAAAUAUUAUAUUAAGUUGCUUGUUUCUAAUGAUCAGUAUUUCUUUAAUAAACCUCAAGUCAUCGAUGUUAAGGGAAAUGUGUCAAUUUAUCCCUAGUAAAAAUAUGGUAAACCUAAGGUAUUGUCAUAGAUCAUUUACUAAGUAUGUAUUUAAGACAUGUAUGUAUGUAUGUAAUUAACUUUUUUGUCUUUGUAUGUAUCUUGAAUGUUAUUAGUUGAUUGUAGAAUUUGAUGUAUUUUCAUACCUUUAAAUUGAACAAAAAUCAUCUUGUUCAUUAAAUAGGUAGCAUGUAUUAUGUGUUGUGUCAACAUAUACCAACCAAAAAACCAAGGGCAUUCAAUAUAAGUACAUAACUAUUAUAAAAAGCCUGAGGGUAUUUAGAUAAAAAUUCAUUCAAACAUUUUAUUUAAGUAAGUACUUACUCAAUAGAUGUAUGUAUGUCUACAAACCACUCUGCUAAUAAGAAUAAAAAAUAUCACUGUCUCAAUGUAUUCAAGUGGUGAAAUAUUUUUGUUAUUAUUAUACAGUGCCAUACAAACUAAGAUGAUAUUCAUCAUUCUCGUUAGAUUAUUGAGAUGUUGAAAAAGAUUUGAGGGCACUUUACAUAAAGUUAUAUAUUUUGACAUGGCCUUUAAAAUUAAAGUGCCCUAAAAUUUCAAACGUUCGGACAUUCUGUGGUUAAUAGAUUACACAAUUAUGUAAAUAGUGAAUAACAUAUAAUUUAAAUUUGUGAGAUAUUUAAUAUUAUUUGCAUUUACAAAAAAUAUUGAUAUCAGUUAUAUUGGUGUUAAUAUCUGUAGAAUUUAUGUAACUUCUUUAUUUUUAAGAUUAUGUACUUAAGAAGUAAGAAUUUGAGAUGUAAACGAAAUAAAAAAAAAAUGUUAAUUUUUUAAAAAAAAUAA